AUGAAGACUUUGGCCACUCUUUGUAUGCUCUGCAUUGGUCUCUUGGCCCUCACCGUCUCUGGGAAGAAAGCCCAGUAUUCUGCGAUCCCAAAUGGCCAGCAAUAUCUUGAUACGGGCGGGAAUCCCAUUGAUGCCCAUGGACCUGGCUUCCUCAAGGUUGACAACACUUGGUACUGGGUCGGUCAGUCCUUUUACACUGCUCCAGCCGGUGCACCGCCGAACGAGGCCAUGGUGAACCUGUACAAGUCGACCGAUCUGCUCAAUUGGGACUUUGUCGGACCGAUCGUGACCGCAUACACUCCUGGAGUGAACGGGAGUUUACCCUUCGCUUACUCCUUUCCCGGUCGACCUAAGCUACUAUACAACAAGCCCACGAAGAAGUAUGUUUUGUGGGUACAUUGGGAGGAGAUUGCUACGUUCGGUGCAUCCGAAGUGAUUGUUCUUACAGCCGACAACGUCGCCGGUCCGUACACAGUCACCUCGAAAUCGCAUCGCCGCCCUGGUGCGGGCAACAAUUUCCCCGAUGCCAUGGGUGACCGAAUUGGCUCUCUGGUCCUCGAUUACAACACUCAGUCGAAGAAUACCAGUGACACGUCCCAUCCCUAUGUCCCCGUGCAGGCUGCCUACCCGCCUCAGAUUUACCAAUUCAACGCUCCCAACCCUAAAAAUCUCACCCAGGUCAGCUACGUGAGCCAAAGUAACGGAUAUGGGACCUCUGAAGUCGACAAUGCCUGGACUUUCCAGUUUGGAAACAUCCAGUUCAAUUUCACCUUGAAGGCACUGGCGGUGCGAAUGACUCCUUGGAAUGCCACCUUAUACAACCUGUACGAGACACAGUACAGCCUUGGUGUGUCCAGCUACAUCGUGCGGUAUCCCACCACGAACCGGUCUGAAGUGUCAAGUGCCGUGUAUGAGCUUGGAAACCCUGGAACUGCGCGGACGUCCCUGGUGCCACCUGUGAUUGGUCCCACCCUGAAUGAAUCUAAGUCGAAUGAAGUGGUCUGGGUCAAUAGCGGAGACGCGGCGUUCAUCACGGUUGGGACUGACGGAGCGUCCAUCUUUUACACUACGGACGGUUCGACACCUUCUCCGACCAGUAGCCAGUACUGGGACGGGACCCGGAUCACCAUCGCUGGGGCACCUGGAACCAACCUUACGGUCAAAGCCAUUUCGGUGUUGAACAACCAGACCAGCAGCGUGGUGAGCCAGACCUACGAGAUUGCAAGUGACUCGUCUCUGGUGCCUGUCUUCAACCCUAUCAUCAACCGCCCCUCCGGUGUCUACCAGCGCGGAUCCCCAGAAUUCGGUUGGGAAGCAUUGCGGGUCUACUGUCCCAGCUACAACACUGUCUGCUACUACACCAUGGAUGGAUUGGACCCCAACCCGCCGAUGGAAGGUGACAACAAUGGGUACGGUAGCCGAGAUAUGACAGUUUGGGUGGAUCCCAAGACGGAUAUUGGGUACUUUAUGACUGCUAGUGACAAUAUCUAUGGACGCAUCUGGCAGCUCACCGAGGACUACACUGACGUGGUUGCGGAACUUGAAUUCGAUGUCUGGGUGGAUAAGUCUCACGAGGCCCCAGCCAUGAUUCGCAACGGGGAAAGUGCUGGCGAAUGGGUUUAUCUCGUCAACUCUCAACAGAGCGGGUGGUUUGCAAACCAGGCACAGUAUCUCCGGACAAAUAACCUUGCUGGUGGCUUCAAACUCCCUCGCGAUAGCACGGGGUACCGCGAUGGAAGCUCUCUGUGGUCCCCAUUCCAGCCCCUUGGCGAUUCGAGCACAUUCAACAGUCAGUCUUCCUAUAUUCUGAACAUCGGCACGGACGCCAAACCGGUCUAUAUCUUCAUGGGUGACCGAAAUGAUGCGAGCUACCUCUAUGACUCCACCUAUGUCUUCCUGCCACUCACUGUGAACGACACGGGUGCGUCCGAGGAUGGCAGCGUCGCUUCUGGCGAAAUGACGCUCAAUUUCACUCCCGAGCUAGAGGUGAAUCUGGCUAAGCAUAGCAUCAUUCCUCCUACGUGGAAACUUCUUUCACUGAACCAGCCCGUGGUUGCGUCACCAUCUGUUGCGCUAACGCCAGAGCAAGAGGCUGCGGGGACGUACAAUUAUAGUGCGUCCGUCGCGAAUGACGGAGUGGACUUCGACCUCAAUAUCUACGGUCCUGUGCAGCAGUACUACAAGCCACAGAGCGUCCCCUUUUUCUGGCAAGUGGACCUUGGCAAAAGCUAUAAUCUUGCCUGGAUCGGGCUUUCUUUCCUCAGCUAUGGCGGCUCAGAUGCAGCGAAUCUAUACACGAUCUUGGCCAGCAAUGACGCACAGUCGUGGGUAAAGCUGAUCGACAACUCUCAGAACCAGUUACCCGGCUAUCAGAGCCACAUCCUGUCUGGAGCAUACCGCUAUAUACAAGUCGACGAUAUUAAUAUAUACGACGUCGAUCAUGGCAAAGGAGCGGACUGGGAGGCCGGGGUAUUCGAAAUAUCUGUGUAUGGAUCGUCGCAUCAUUAA